CAUCACCCCCCGGCCUCGAUCACGUUCUGCCUUGCAAGGUCCGUGGGCAGCUCGGAAAUCAUAUAUAAACCGGCCUUCCGCCCCGUCGACAGCUUCCCACCUUCUUUUUGGUCUGAUCCCGUGUGUCCCGAACAAGCUUCCGACCUCAUCUCCUCUCCUCCUGCCACAACAACACAACCUCGCUGAACCAUCUUUCCACUGCUCUCGGAGCGUCACCAUUUCAGAUUACAAGCCUCGUGCACUUCGAAAACCGGAAUGGCGGGGAAUUCGAACCGCAGUUAUACCACCCAUGGCGGGUCAUCUAACCCCAUGGCGCCCGAGUCCGGGGCAGCCUCUCGACCUCCUGUCGUGCCCACUCCGGAAACUCAGGAUCUAUACAACAAGUGGCGGCAAGCUUAUGAGGAAACGCUCAAUGAAGAGUCCCUAAGAAAUGUCCAAAAUCUACACGGUGCUCAUCUCCAACUCCCGUCGUCGUCUCAAACGACAACGUCGCGAUCACCGUCCAACGCAAGCACCACGUAUUCGGUCUCGCAGGCGAUGGAUGGGAUGAAUGUUGGAGAUCUGCCGCAAAAGCAGAAACCCGGCCGCCGGGGCCCGUUGACGGGCGUGCAGCAGUUACGAGCAAACCUGAUGCGCAAGCUAGGCGCUUGUGCCGACUGUCGGGCACGCAGAGUCCCCUGCAAGAACCAUCAUAACUUUGCCCUCUUUGAAGAGGGGUACCAAGCCGCCAAACAAGAGACCAGGUCACUCGUUGACACGGCCCAGCAUGUCGAGACCACAACUCCGUACCAAGCACGUCUCGGUAACCCAUCCGACCUUGCCGGCGUCGGGGGCGGGCAGAGUGCCCUUGCCCACGGCCCUCAAGGCGCCGUGGAUGACGGCUAUCCAACGGACUUCGACCCAUUGCAAGACACCGAACCCGGUUCUCGACCGGAUCUGGACCCAAUUUUGGCUCUCCUUCAAGACGCACAGCUGCCCGUUUCGAACCCAGCCGAUCAGUACCGCCCGAUCCCACAAGUAACCCAGCAGCCCGAACUCGUGGCAAUCGGAAAACAGGUCGCCCCGUAUAGCAAAGAAUGGACGUGCUUUGGGGGGAUAACUUCAUGGAAUACUUCGCCGUCAAACGGCGCGCUCGAACCUUGCCGUGAGAAGCUCCCUGGCCUGCCAGCCCUGAACCUGCAUUUCGCCACCAGCCAUCAACCAGGGGUCUAUGGGCAGAGCUAUACAUGGGCUUGCGUCACUUGCCAAGUUCAAGUGUUAGAGAUUGGUGGUUUACGCUGGUGCGCUGCAUGCCAACAAAUCACAGAUUGGGAGAUGUGGUAUUGGGGCCAGGUGCCCAUGACAGAGCCUCCGUGAGGAGAAAGUAAAAAGAAAAUGACAGAGGAAAAAGAUACAAUACGUAAAAGAGAAUCGUAGAAGCAAAAAUAAUUGUAAAGCAGGUAAUGUAAUGUCUAGGUAGUCUUAGUAGCGAAGGAACAGCGGUUUUGUAAAAACAGAAAAGAAAUAGAAACCCUUUUUAAAGUUUGCC